AUGAGUCCCUGGCAGCCCCUGCUCCUGGCGCUCCUGGCUCUAGGCUGCACCUCUGCUGCCCCUCACCAGCACAAGCCGACUUUUGUGGUCUUCCCCAAAGACCUGAAAAGCUCCAACCUCACGGACACCCAGCUGGCAGAGGAAUACCUGUACCGCUAUGGGUACACCCGGGCAGCCCAGAUGAUGGGAGAGAAGCAGUCCCUGCGGCCUGCUUUGCUGAUGCUUCAGAAACAGCUGUCCCUGCCCCAGACUGGUGAGCUGGACAGGAAGACACUAAAGGCCAUUCGUAGACCACGCUGUGGUGUCCCAGACGUGGGCAAAUUCCAAACCUUCGAAGGCGACCUCAAGUGGCACCAUCAUAACAUCACAUACUGGAUCCAAAGCUACUCUGAAGACUUGCCGCGAGACGUGAUCGACGACUCCUUCGCUCGCGCCUUCGCGGUGUGGAGCGAGGUGACACCGCUCACCUUCACCCGCGUGUACGGGCCCGAAGCAGAUAUUGUCAUUCAGUUUGGUGUCGCGGAGCACGGAGAUGGGUAUCCCUUUGACGGCAAGGACGGUCUUCUGGCACACGCCUUUCCCCCUGGCCCCGGCAUUCAGGGAGAUGCCCACUUCGACGACGAAGAGUUGUGGUCGCUGGGCAAAGGCGUCGUGGUCCCCACUUACUUUGGAAACUCAAAUGGUGCCCCAUGUCACUUUCCUUUCACCUUCGAGGGACGCUCCUAUUUGGCCUGCACCACAGAUGGCCGCAACGACGGCACACCUUGGUGUAGCACGACAGCCGACUAUGACACGGACGGCAAAUUUGGUUUCUGCCCCAGUGAGAGACUCUACACGGAGCACGGCAACGGAGAUGGCAAACCCUGUGUGUUCCCAUUCAUCUUUGAGGGCCGCUCCUACUCUGCCUGCACCACUAAAGGUCGCUCGGAUGGUUACCGCUGGUGCGCCACCACCGCCAACUAUGACCAGGAUAAGCUGUAUGGCUUCUGCCCUACCCGAGUCGACGUGACCGUAGUUGGGGGCAACUCAGCAGGAAAUCUUUGCGUCUUCCCCUUCGUUUUCCUGGGCAAGCAGUACUCUACCUGUACCAGUGAGGGCCGCACUGAUGGGCGCCUCUGGUGCGCGACCACAUCGAACUUCGACACUGACAAGAAGUGGGGUUUCUGUCCAGACCAAGGGUACAGCCUGUUCCUGGUGGCGGCGCACGAAUUCGGCCAUGCGCUGGGCUUAGAUCAUUCUAGAGAGCAGGAAGCGCUCAUGUAUCCCCUGUAUCACUACCACGAGAGCUCUCCUCUGCAUGAAGACGACAUAAAAGGCAUCCAGUAUCUGUAUGGUCGUGGCCCCAAGCCUAACCCAAAGCCUCCAGCCACCACCACAGCUGAACCACAGCCGACAGCUCCUCCCACUAUGUGUCCCACGGCACCUCCCACAGUGGGCCCCACGGUUGGCCCUACAGGCGCCCCCUCACCUGGCCCUACAGCCGUCCCCUCACCUGGCCCUACAGGCGCCCCCUCACCUGGCCCUACUGCUGGCUCUUCUGAGGCCUCUACAGAGCCUUUGAGUCCAGCAGACAAUCCUUGCAAUGUGGAUAUUUUUGAUGCUAUUGCUGAGAUCCAGAGCGCUCUGUAUUUCUUCAAGGAUGGUCGGUACUGGAAGUUCCCGAACCACAGAGGAAGCCGAUUGCAGGGCCCUUUUGUUAUUGCCCGCACGUGGCCAGCUCUGCCUGCAAAGCUGGACUCAGCCUUUGAGGAUCCGCAGUCCAAGAAGCUUUUCUUCUUCUCUGGGCGCCAAAUGUGGGUGUACACAGGCCAGUCGGUGCUGGGCCCGAGGAGUCUGGAUAAGUUGGGUCUAGGCUCAGAGGUAACCCAGGUCACCGGGCUUCUCCCACGCCAUGCCGGGAAGGCUCUGCUGUUCAGCAAGGAGCGUGUCUGGAAAUUCGACUUGAAAUCUCAGAAAGUGGAUCCCCAGAGCGUCACUCGCUUGGAUAAGGAGUUCUCUGGUGUGCCCUGGAACUCACACGACAUCUUCCAGUACCAAGACAAAGCCUAUUUCUGCCAUGACAAAUACUUCUGGCGUGUGAGUUUCCAAAAUGAGGGGAACCAGGGGAACCAGGCGAACCAGCUGAACGAGGUGGACCACGUGGGCUACGUGAGCUACGACCUCCUGCAGUGCCCUUGA